AUGCCAAACUCAUCAUCGUAUUUUUCUUCUUCUUCCAAACUCGUUCGAGCCUCGACAGGAAAAGCAGACUCGUCCCACGACAACAACCACACUCACAUUCCACCACCGCCACACAGAGAUCUGCAAGACAAAGUGAUCUCAGCCAUGGCGGCUUCCGAUUCAGAUUCCAGAGACGAUCGCAUCGCCAGAAUCGCAUCUGCGAUCCGCGUCAUUCCCGACUGCCCCAAACCCGGGAUUAUGUUUCAGGAUAUAACGACGUUGCUGCUGGAUCCGAAGGCGUUCAAGGACACUAUUGAUUGA